AUGACUCACACCGUCGACCCCCCCGUCACUUCAAAGAGCCAGCUACCUACCAGUGGGGAUUCCGUGCCAGAGUCUCACGCGGCCGCUAGCGCCGGCCUCGAGCUGGGUCUCGCUACUCUUUCUCUCGGCGCGGUUGAUACCGAUAAUGGUGAGCCCGCUACGCUGCUAUCGGAGUCCCUUGACUCGGAGGAGCGUAAGCUAUGGGCUGCGACCGCAACACGUCUGGCCGGGCUUUCUUUGGAAGAUGAGCGCAAGCGAAUCAUAGCAAUCUUGGAGAAAGGAUACCCGGCCAAGGAAGGGGGCACAAAUCCCACGAGCGCCGACCUUGAACGUGUCCGGCUGCCGAAGAUCCUCCCCUACAUGCAGGAAUACUCGCGGCCGUACUUCUUCGGCUGGCCGGUCACCCUCGAGUGGCUCGCCCUGUUCGAAGAAUGCGCCAGUCCGUACGUCGCGUCGGUCGGGCAAGGCUGCAUCGGAAACGCCAUGUGGCUCCUAAAGGAGCUGUGCAACGCGGCUCACGACAGCUCCGACUUCGACCUCAUAACGGAGUACGCCGUGCACAAGGACGCACCCGUCCAGCCCGAGGACGAUAAAGAAGAGUGGCCCCCCGCCGAUCUGCAGUUCUGGAUGGUGUCGAUCCGGAACACGGUCUUCGCCUGUGACCAGAUUUUCGCGAGGCCGACGCGGGCCCAGUACGCGUGGCUCAACGAGAUCAUGCCUGGGGACGAGGAGCCGCAGUGGUUCAAGAGUUUCCACAGCCGAGCGCAGUACUAUGAUCUCAUAUCGUAAACGGUGUAUAGGCACAGGAGGGCUUCGUGUAGAUCCC